AUGACGAAUACUCCCACCACCGCUACCCCAACAAAAGUCACAGAACUCACAUUUGAUCCUGGCGGUGGACUGGAGCCGCUCUUAGAGUUUGACCUGGCAGUAUUUGUGUUGGAGGAAGGAGGGGAAGGGCUCUGUCCAACAGAGGUUGGCGGAGGAGGCGGAGACGAUUCAGCAUUGGUUAGAGGCGAAAGCUCGGUUGGUGGAGAUGGGCUGGAUUUUUGGGGUGGUGAAGUGGGGAGGGAGGGCGAAGAAAUGGCAAUCGGAGAAGAAACAAGAGGGGACAGAGGAGGUGGAGCUUGUAUAGCAGAUGGAGUAUUCUCAGUAGCAGGAGGAGGAGGAGGAGGAGAAUCUGGGAAUGAUUUUAGCGGCGAUGGAGGUGUCGAUUGUUUACUAGGACUUGGAGGAGGAGGAGGAGACGACGGAGGCUGGGGCGGGGGCGGGGGUGAAGCUUUGGAAUUUGAUGGUGGAGGUGGAGCUUUUGAAUCUCCCGACUCCAAUGGAGGUGAGGGGUAUUAG